AUGUGGGAUAGAAGUAUUCAAUUUUACAAGACACAGCUACAUGACCAAAUAGUCGUCUGGGUUGAUGAAAUCCUUAGAGGAAUGAAUAGUAAUGAUAAUGAGGAUGAAGCUCGAGAAGGGUGUGAACAUGUGAACAGUGAAACGGGAAAAAUGACCGACGCAGAUAUGGAAGUAUGCACAUUUAUUUUAAAAAAUUUGUUGAAAAUAUGGAAAAUAAGCACGACAGGAAAAGGAAGGAAAGAAGUUGAUAUAGAAAUGGAAGAAUAUAUACAUUGUACAAUAGUGAAUUCAUGGUUACAUGAAUACAUGAAUGUAAACUGUGCACCAUGGGAUAUUAUGACCAGUGCAUAUGAUGCAAUGAAAUACUUGUGCAAACUACUUAAUCCAGAGGGAGAGUGUAAAAACUGCGUGUACAAGCAAUUGGAACCUAUGGCAAUAUUAACUAAAAUCAGUAUGCUGCAACAUAUUCGCAAUGCAAUAAGCAAAAAUAGGGAAAUUAUGGAAUUAAUAAAUAACAAGUUCCCGAAAAAACAAUGUCCAAAACCACCACCACCGAAACCGAAAAAUGCUCUAUCAUCAGCAACACAUCCACCAGCAGGGAAGGUAGCAGCAGCAGAAAAGUCCGUCACUAUCCCCCCCAAGACGGUCACCACAACAGACCUAUUCGUAAAAGUAUUGAAGAAAUGGAUAGAAGAAGAAGGGUUACAUGGACAGGGCGGUUAUGUAAUAUUCAUUGUUUUCGUGUGA